AUGAAGCUUACCGGAGCUGUUCUGGCCAGCCUCGUCGGCUGCGUCGCUGCCCUGCCCCCGGCGCCUUUCUUCAACGGCCCUCCUCCCGCUCCCUCUGGCUCGGUGGCUCCCGCUCCUGAGGAAUCUUCCUUCCCUCCUCCGCCUCCUCCCAGCUCGGUCUCCGGCGCUCCUCCCUCCGUGACCCCCGAGCCCUACGAAAAGCGCCAGUUCGGUGGCCCCCAGCCUUCCGGCCCCCCCGCUGGUCCCUCCGGUUCUUUCGGCCCCGCCCCCUCCGGUUUCCCUGAAGGAUUCGGUAGACGUCAGUUCGAUGGCUUCGGCGGCUUCGGUGGUCCCUUCGACUCUGCUCCUUCCGCUACUCCCUCCGCUACUCCCUCCGCCUUCCCCGGAGCCGGCUUCGAGGAGCAUCAGUUCCCCGGUCCCUCCGAGUCCGCCCCCGCUGGGCCCCCUCCCUCCGGCUCCCCUUCCCCCGUCCCAUUCGGUGACUUCGGUGGCUUCGGCAAGCGUCAGUUCGGUGGCCCCGUCGAGUCUGCCACUGCGGGUGCUCCCUCUGGUGCCCCCGGUCCCGCACCCUCUGAGGGCUUCGGAGGCUUCUUCAAGCGCCAGUUCGGAUCUCCUGCAGAGGGACCCGAGCAGGGCCCGCAAGGCCAGGCUCCCCCCUUCCCCAGUGGCGUGCCUUCCUUCACUCCUUCUCCGGCCCCUACCCCCUCGGGUGGCUUUGAGGAGCGUCAGUUCGGUGGAUUCCCCACCCCGACUCCUGUCCCCAGCGGCCCCGCUGGUGGUUGGUAA